UCAAAAGUGUUAAGUAACUUCGAGAAUAUCAAGUAACAUGGUUUAAUGUGUCUUCUCAGAUCAUAAGAUAUACUUUUUACUUAUAUAUCUAGUGAAAAUGUUCUAGCUUUGAACUUAUGUAUGUUUUAUCUUUUGUGAAUUUGAUGGUAGAUCGAUGAAGAAGAGAAGCUCCACUGGUGGCUUGAUGAAGCAGAGAAGCUCCGGUGGAGGCUCGAGGAAGAAGAGAAUCUCCGGUGGUUGAUCGAGAAGAUAAGAAGCUCCGGUGGUUCUGCGAAGACAAAGAGAGGCUUCGGUGGUGGAAAGAAAAGGAAGAGAAGCUCCUCUGCUGGAACUCGAACAUGAUGUGGUCACCAGAAGCAUUGUCGCAUGUCGGACAUCAACGGCCAUCAUCGGAGCUCCAUUUCUUCCCACGGGCAUCGUUGAGCUCCAUCGUGUUUCACUCUUUUUUUCAGGUGAAGACAGCGAAGCGUCGAGAUGCGGUUGAGGUGGGCCAUCCCGCUUUAAACCCGGUACCGCACAAGUUCAGUCCCGCAAGGCCCGCUAUUUUGCGGGCAAUGAAUCCCUAGACCCAAACCCGCCCCGCAUCAACUCCUAACGGGUCUGGCCCGCGGUCCAAUAUCCAGUUUGACAUCUCUAAACAUAAUGAACCAUAAAACAAUCAAAUCUCUAAACCCGAUUGACUUAGGUGUUUGCAGCUGAAACAACUAAACCGCAUCCACCAUGGUUUUACGUCUUUUUUUUCCCGUUCACGACUUAUGGUUUGCCCAUGCAUCUCCUUAACACUUGUUGAUGGCUGAACAUGUCUUUCUCGAAGAAUUCUUUUUUUCUAAAGGUGUAAUGAGAUCUACCGAAUCCAUAUUUUUGUGAUCUGAUGAAUUUUCUUCUUCCUCCACAUUGACCCUUUUUCUUUGAAACACAGAGAAAUUCUUCCUCCACAAUAACCAAUAAAGUAAACUUGUUAGAACCAAAAUUGGGCUCAGCUAUUCUACUACCAUCCGCCCACAAUAUAUAUGAUGAGUUAGUUGUCAAAGACUCAUCUAGAUGAGCAAUGAGUUAAGUUGCUGGUGAAUUUGAAACGCAUUGACAUGAGCUUAAAACUUAAGGUAUGAUGGUUAUUACUCGAGUUGUAUGUAUUUGUUUAUAUAUAACAAUUUCACGAUCCAGCAAGAGUAUAUAUUGCUAAUUUUAGAUCAGGUACCAGAAGUUAACUAAGAAAAUAUGAAGUAGCUCCUGCGCGAAUUAUAUUAAUACUUUUUUGAAAUAUUUUGAUACUUGAGCAGAGCUUAAAUGUUUAAUGAAAUUAUCCUCCAGGAACCACCAACAUUUCUCUAAUUUUCAAAUAUAAUCUAGCUGUUGUCAGGUGUAUAUAUAUCUGUCAGUAUGCAUAAUUAAUAGUGUCUUUUUGAGGGAAUGCAUAUAAUUUAAACACUAGAGAGAAAAACAUUAAACGUGCUCAAAACAUUAAAGAAUACUACUCCAGAUCUACCUAUAUUUUCAUUUCUUAGAUACAUAGUUUACUUUACUAUAUACCAGACAUCUUUAAUAGUCCAUCUUCAUUCGCAAACAGACAAUCACAUUCAUUGCCGUUUUACACAAGUAAACCAAAAAGCCCUAGAGAACAAAGAUGGGUGGCGUUACGCACCUCAUCGUCUUCCUCUCCAUGUUUUCCGCCAUAACUCUGAUGUCAGAAGCCCAGUACCUUCUUGCCGUCACCAAAGACGAACCCUCCAGACAAUAUUACACCACUGUCUACAUCGGAUCCGCCGCAAUGACGUCUCCCGUUAACCUCCUCAUCGAUCUCGGAACCAACCUAACGUGGCUCAACUGCCGCAAAAUCAAAUCUCUAUCAACACUUGGCCUCGUCACUUGCAAGAGCUCCACCUGCAAAUCAAUCCCCGGCAAUGGCUGCGACAGAAACACCUGUCUUUACAGGCAACCAAGGCCUCUCGGUAAAAACACCGUAGUGACCACCGGCCGUGUAGUUCAAGACAACGCCACCAUCUUCACUACAGAAGGCGGACAACCAGUCCACAUUGCCCCUUCCCGCCGCUUUACAUUCUCCUGCGCCGUCGACAAAUACCUCCAAGGCAUGGCCCCUCCCAUUGCCGGAGUUCUGGCUCUUUCUCCGGGAGAGUUUCCGUUCUGGAGACAGAUGACGUCAGCCUUUAAUGUCAUCCCGAAGUUUUCUCUCUGCUUGCCUUCUUCCCGCUACGGGUACUUCUUUAUGGGCACCCCGUCGUUGGGUGGGAAAAAAACCGUUCCGAUGACUUCGACAACGUUGAAAAUUGACUCGGGAAAAUAUCUAAUCUCCGUUAGGUCGAUCUACGUUGACGGAGUUCCAUUAACCUUGGACCCAAGUUUGCUCGAGGGCGGAGCCCAGCUCAGUACAGUGGUUCCAUUCACCGUACUUCAAACCGAUAUUUACAACGCUCUUGCUCAGUCUUUUACGCUUAGGCAACGGUAUUAUAUGACAAAACUAUUUUAUCUAAUGAUUAGUGUAUUUAAGUAUAUUAAGUCUACUAAUCUCAUCUUUGUUUGGGUUUUAAAUUUGUUUUCACAGAAUAUAGGAAUGACUCAGACCCCAGGAGGACAUGCGCCAUUUAAACACUGCUUCGGAGAAGGCGCUUCCGGUAGGAACAUGGAUGUGUCGGUGAUGGAAAUUGGGCUGCCAGGGAAUGGAAAGGAGGUGAAGUGGAGGUUUCAAGGUGCGAAUAUGAUGGAGAGAGUAUCAGAGACGGUUAUUUGUUUGGCGUUCGUCGACGGAGGAAAGAAACCUAAUGAGUCCAUGGUCAUUGGGACACAUCAGCUUCAAGACUACUUGGUCGAAUUCGAUUUAAGCACCACACAAAUGGCUUUUAGUGACCCACUCAUACUCCAUAACACUAACUGUUCCACGUAGCCUUCCAAGAAAUAAAAUCAAUCACACAUGACACUAAGAGAUCCUCUUUGCUCAUUUCAGCUUUUACUUGUGUUCCAAUCAAAAUUUGUAAUAAAACUAUCCACAUUUUCUUUUAAAUGUAUUGUUUGUUUUUCCUUUGUUAUAAUUUAAUAUUUGCCUAACGUUUAAGAAUUUCGCACAUUUAUUAAUAAUUGUGAAACUUGCAAAAAAAAUGUUGUCUUUACAAAAUUUAGAUAUGAAAAUUCAGAUAUAUUAAUAAUUUAGUUUUAUUCUCUUUUUCAACCUUUUUAUUAUCUACUUACUACUCUAUUUAAACCUCGGUCAUAUACAUCAUCUAUCUGAUUUUAUUGUUAUUUUUUUAAUUAAUCUGGAAAUAUCUCAAGUGUACGAAAAAGAUGAGACUAAUAUCUAAAUGGAGGUAAUUCAAGGAUGAACUUUCUCUUCAAACAUUCAAAUGAAGCCUAAAAGAUGAUUUUGUAUAUAUGGCCACAAAAUGAAUUGUAACGAGAUAUUUUCGAACUCAAAUUGCUUAACUCGCAAAAGUUCGUCUACCACUACCACUAGACUACCAUUUCGUAAUUAUCUAUCUGAUCUUAUUUUAAAAUAAAUAAUUUAAAAAUGGAUACUAAUUUCAUAGUAAAUAACAAAAGUAGAAAACUUCUAAAGAAAUUUAUACAACACUGGCUUCUUUGAUCAACUUGUUCCACUCUUUAUCAUCUUAACCCUACAUACUUCCCUAGUGACCGGGGAAAAAAACAAACAAACAAACCCACCGUUUUUACUUCCGUUGAUCAAAGACAAAGCCACGAGUCUCUACUACACAAUCCUUGACCUCGUAAACAACAGCCACUCUCCUCUGACAAAUUUCAUAGUAGGGUAUCAAUUCGGUCUGGCUCAGCCCGGCCUAAAUCUGCUAAGCGCGCAAAUAUUUGACCUCGUCCCGGCCUAGUCUCUUAUAGGAUUAUAAGGCUUUUCAGAUUUUUUGGGAUUUUCGAAAAAUAAUUUAUUAUUGUCAUUUCUAUCAUGUAUUAAUACAUGUGACCGCCACCGACCGUGUCGUUCCAGACAAGGCCACCAUCUCCACCAACGUCUCUUUCAGCCCCCUUCACAUUCUCCGUGUCCUCGAGAAACACAUCCAAGGCCUUACCUCCCCGAUCCCCGGAGCUCUUGGUCUUUUUCCGGGAGAUUUUCUGUUGACAGGUGAACACGGCGUUUAACAUCAUCCCGAACAAUGCUCUUGCUAGUGCAUUUACGCGAAAGGCAACAGUAUUAAAAACAUAUCCAGUUAAACUCUAAAUUUGUCUUUUUAAUAGCAUUUAAAAUCAUAUCUAAUACCACUCACUUCUAUUUCUACCUAUAACAUAGAGAUUGUUAGCAUAUUUUCAUAUUUUCCUCUUGAAUGAAAUACAUAGAAAUAUAUUAUACCUCUAUUAUAGAUAUCUUUUAUUUUAGAAGAAAAAGAAACAAAAUAUAUUUGAUAUUUGAUAUGAUCUGAAUAACCAACUUUUUAACUGAUUAACAAAUAAAAGUUUUUUUGUAGAACAUGUUUUUUUUGUAUAACGUGUUUGGCUUCAAAUUUGUUUUCACAGGAAAUAGGAAUGUUCGAGUUCCCAGUAAGUACUGCUCCAUUCCACUACUGCUUCGAACAAGGCGCUUCCGGGAUAAACAUGGAGGAGUUGUUGAACGUGCCGGUGAUAGAGAUUGGGAUUCCAGGGAAUGGAAGGGAGGUGAAGUGGAGGUUUCAUUGUAAGAACACGGUGGAGAGAGUGUUGGAGACGCUGAUUUGUUUGGCGUUCGUCGACGGAAGAAAUAAACCUAAUGAGUCGAUGGUCAUUGGGACACAUCAGCUUCAAGAUUAUAUGGUCGAAUUUGAUUUGAGCACCACGCGUCUGGCUGUUAGUGAUUCACUCUUGUUCCAUAACUAGCUGCUCCACAUGAUGAGGUUAAGAUAUCGUCUUUGACAUUUUAGCUUUCAUUUGUGUUCCAAUCAAAAAUUUGAAUAAAGCUAGGCUGUAACUGGUUUACAUGUUGAUGAAUUAAUGGAAUAACAUGAAUGAAAUGUAGGGAAAAAAUAGAAUAUAUCAAUUUCAUUCAUUCUUUAUCACUUUUUCUCUUUGAAAUAGAAAAAAUGGAAUAACAUGAAUAAUUCUCUUUGUAAUUUGUCUAUUUAUUUUGGGAAUUAAUGGAAUGGCAAUUUCAUUCCAUUCAAGAUAAGUGGUGAAAUGGUGUUUGGAAUAAUGGAAUAAACCAUUCCACGCUAUUUCAUUCUAAAUAAUAUUUAAUAAUCCAGUUGCACCCAAAGUAAUCAGUUUCCUCCUAAAUCGUAUCGUUUAUUUUCAUCUGCUGUUCUUUCAGCAUGUUGGCUUUUAUAUCUUGUAUGUUGAACAAUUUCUUUAUUUUUGGAGAGUAAACUUUAAUUUAUGAAACUAGUUUGACCAAAAAAAGAAUCAUCAUCACUUCAAUUAUAUUUACGCAAGGUCCAUGUUUUGCUAGAAAGAUACCAAGGAUCAUCUUUGUCAAAAAAAAGAUACCAAAGAUCAUUUACGUGAUUACUAUAAUACACCAUCACGAUUGUCCAGGCUUUGCUAGAAAGAUAUCAAGGAUCAUUUACAUCGUUGUUGUUGUUUUAAUGAUAUUAUUGUCCACAAUGUGUUUUUUGUUUUCCUAAUCUCACAAACAACAUUACAAAAUUUCUAAUGUGUUUUAGGCUCCACAUUAACUUGAAACGAAUUGACAUGAAGCUUAAAUUUAACGUACGAUGGUUAUUGCCUACUCGAGUUGUACCUUAAAUGUAUUUGUUUAUAUCUAUUUUCACAAUCCAUCAAGUCCAAUGUUGCUAGGGCUUUGAGGGCUUUGUAAGAUUAUAAAGUAUCUAAAACUUCUUUUUCAUCAAUCAGGUUUUUUUAAAGAUUAACUGCUCUAAAGUCAUCAUAAGUUUUUUUUUCCUCUUUUGGUUCCAAAUAGUGACCAAGGGAAUGAGUAGGAAUAGCUCAUUCAUUAGCAUUCUUUACAAUUUUCACCAUUUACAAGGAAUGUUUGUUACCUAUGAUUCUUUAACAUUCCUUAAGAUUUAAAGAAUAAAAGAUUACAAUUAUUCCUUGACAAAUUAGGAGAGGAAUAGAUUUUUCUUUUAUUUUAUUCUCUUUCAUUUUUUUUUCCUAUUUCUUCUAUUCCUUUUAUAGUUAUCAGUUAGACCCUUUGUGUUUUUUUUUUCUAAAGCCAACAAUACUUGACUUUUGCAACUUCUUUUUCUUUUUUUCUUUUUUUCACUAAAAAUAUUUUUUUUCUCCUUCUUUUAUAACUAAAUCACUUAUCUAAGUUUGUAACAAUUUUAUUAAAAUUUAAAAUUGACAAAUUAAUCAUUGAAUUUUUUUUCUUGUUCAUUUGAAAUCCAUAUUGUUCCAAACUUCUAAAAUUUUAACUAACAAUCUUUUUUUAAUAAAACUUAAACUUACCGCCAAAGUCUUAAUAGCCAAAUUUUCUACGGCCAUAAUUCUAAAGCCAAAACCUAAAGCAAAACAGAGAUGAGAUAGUGUGAUAAAUUAACGCACAUGCAAGGAGACAACUUCUCUGAAACAGUUGAAUAAGAUCAGUCAAGAAGCUAGACCUUAAUACACCCGUAGCGUUUUCCCUAUCACAUGAGAGACAAGUGAAAGAUGUUUCAUCCCGCUGAAGCUUCUUUACGCAUUUGGAGCAUCCAAUAUAGCACCAUCCCUUCUCCGACUGAAGACUGGUCACCUCGGCCUUGCACAGAAACUCAAUAUUCUGAGACCAAUAAGAAUGUUCGUAAAAUUAGAAGAAACACACGGAAUAAAAGAUUUUUCUUGGAAUAAUUUAACCUGUGGGUCAGCGGCAAGGACAUAUUGGUUCAGUUCAGCAACAGUCAAGGGCUCGAUUUUCUGAGCAGAGACCACUUCUGAUUUAGAAGAGCUCGCAUUGGCUCCAUCACCAACCAGCCUAGCGUGCAAACAACACGCAAGAGAAAUCAGUUGAAAACAAUGAUAAACCAAUGAGGUGAACUAUAUCAAUCUCAGCAUAAAACACUUACCUUUCAUAAUGCUCUUUUCCAGCUGAUGUUUCACAGUCGAAAUAAAAGUGGGUACCAAACGUAGCGUUGAGAAAAAGCUUCCCUGAAAGUGAAAAGUGCGUAAGUGGACCGUUCUAAUGAAGGGUUCCUAGGUGAAAACACGUAUCUUACCUCCAACAACUUUGGGAUUGAUGCUUGUAAAGAGUAUAACCUUUGGCUUAGAGAUGUGCUCGUCAAACUUAGUUUGGAAAGUUACAGCACGAUCAUCAAACAUACUGACACAAACAUUGACAUCCCUGAUGCAAUUUGAUGUCGUGAUAGCAACAAAGACGAUGACAAUUACUGGAUAAACAAAUAUACAGCUUACCCUUCCAAACGCAGAGUCACCAUUACAUGAUGAGGACCGAUCGUGCUCCUGACGGAACUUACUUCACCAACGAUAUCUUGAAUAAUUUUAAAACAAACAAACGUUAAUAGAGUUGAAAAAAGGCAAUUGGAUAAGUUUAUUAGUACAGAAGAGAUAUACCUGGGAGUUCUCUGUUAGUGUUUGCCAAUGUCAGAAGCUGUUCAUGGCUGCAAAACCUGAAUAACUCAGUCGGAAUGUCCUUGUCCGAGUCAGUUUUUGUUUCCAAAAAAGUUCCAUCAUUGAAGCGUAUGGACACCUGAGAGUCAGAGAGUCGGAAUUUUGGGUUAGCUCGUGCGACGUCGAAACCACUGAGAGAGUAAACGGAGCCUUCACUGAGCCGCCUCCGGAAAGUGUCAACGCGGCUUGAGUUGAUGCUCCCGUGUAUCAGCGUAGGCUGCCACGAGUCAAGAAUAAACCAAACAAUUAAACACCUAGGUCUAACUGACAGAAAUAAGAAACAGAACACUAUCGGAUUUACCUGUUCAUCGAGGAGAAGCAUGUCAAGGCUCAUAAGCUCUCCAUCUUUCCUGACGUUGCGAGCUUCCCAGAACCUCAAAAGAUGCACUUCAGCGGUGUUUGAACAACGGCCUGCUCCAAAAUUAGCGAGAAGAACAUAAAAAGACAUAUCGGAAGGUGUGCGUCGGAUUGCUUAAGCUAUAAAUCUCAAAGCUGUAGAUCCUCAUAGCUCCAAGACACACUUAUUUAUAGCGACACCUUCGAUCUGUUACAAACGCGGGUCGUCAGUGAGAGUAAAUGAGAUGGAGUGGGAAGAGAGGUGGGGUACAGCUUGAUGACCAAAUUAAAGAUCGAUUUCAAUGAGAAGCAAUACGUUACAGUGAGGAGCCGAAAUCGGAGACGAUGGAAAGAGGACGGCGAAGAUCGCAAUCUCGAAGAGACACCGAACCCUAACCACAAACGGGCUUGGGAUAUCAUUAAGGCCCAGUAAAUCAUUAGAAAGCCAAUAAAUGAAAAACGAAAUCCCCUCCCUGAAUCAAAGUUUCACGCGGAAAAAACAAAAUCCCCUCCCUCUUCGACACGUGUCAACAAAACGAACAGUGGUCUGCUAACGUAGCUUCACCUUGAGCCUUUCUAAGACCACCUCCAUCGGUAGAUCUAGGAGGAGGUCCUAAAGUAAUAAAGGCAAAAAUUUAAAUAAAAAAUGUUGUUAUUAGCCAGGAGCGCUCCUCAAUUAGGUGAGUUUAGGAUUGUUAAAGACCCCCGACGUGGCAGCAUAGUAUUGGCGUCGCUCAUUUUAGACGAAAAGAAACAAAAGGCGUGUCUCUCUCUUUCGGUCGCUGCUCUUUCUCAUCUUCGAUAUCAUCAAAGUCUCUCCGCGAUUGAUUCAGUCAAAUUCUCCAAAGCUUGAUGAUGUUUAAUUCGUUUGCUCGUCGUCGAUUGUGACUUUCUCUUGUUCCAUUUCUGGUCUCCCUUAGCUUCUGGUCUCUCUCCCUCGUCGGUUCCGUCGAAUUCUUCAACGACGAAGACGUUCAAUUUGUUUCUUUCUUCGGCGAUGUUCUCCUCCAGAGCCGGGCAUGCAAUCACCAUAAAGGUUCAGUUUGAUUUAUUUAUUUGUUCCCGUGAAUAGAAUUCCUUUGAUUAUAAUCCAAUUUUUUUGUUUUGAUAAUGAUAUUUUUUUGUUUUCAAAUCGCGAGGAACGGACUACGGAGACGAUAAUGAACAGAGUUAAACAGGCAAGUCAUCGACGGAGGUUGUCAGGUGUGAGAAGUAUCUUCCGACAACUGUGGUUACGGUUUUGGUUGUGGAAUGGGAUGAUUCAACUCGCCAAAUUACAGAGGCAAGUUAUUAUUUGAUGUUUUAAAGAUUCCUUGUUUGUCUUGAUUUUGAAGUUUCAGUAGACUCUAGUUUUGAUUCAAAACAGUUGAUUGAUUAAUCUUCAUUGUCUUAAUUUGUUCCAAGUUUCGUUCUUCUGUUUUAAUGUUGUAAUACGAAGUUAGUUGUAAUUAAACCAGAGUCUUGGGUUUUGAUUUGAUUAGCUGCGUGGGAGACAGAAAAGGAGAAGACACAUAGCAUUGAAGAAGACAGAGGUGUUGCAGGGAGCAACAAGAUACGGAUGAAACUUCAUCAAACUUGUCAAACCAACUCUCUUUAAAUUCAGAGGUAAGUAGACAAGACAAUCCUUUAAUGCUGGUUUAGACAUUGUUUGUGUUGGAAUUAAAGGGACUUUAGGAUUGUUUACUUGGUUGUUUUAUAAUUAGGUAGAUACGUUGACUUUCUUGGUUGGUUUAGUUUUAGUUAGAUACAUUGAUGGCCAUUUACCCGUAACACCUACAAAACUCUCAUUAUGUUUGCUUUAAAAAGCGACCAACUCUCCUUUUCUGAAUUCAUAUCUCUACUCUUUUCAUAGUUCUUUUCAUAAAACAGAAGAAGCUCUCUUUCUCCUUUGUUAAUUCCUCUCCUUCGCAAUGGAUCCUUUUAGUGAACCUUGUAGCUUCCAAAACCUCCUAAACAGUCAACAACCACAAACCUCUUUCUCCUUUGCCAGUCGUGAACCGAGUAUUGAAGUCUCUGCCCCGGAUGCGUCUGUCUUUGGUACUGGAUGGCCUGAAGAUGCAAACGAAGAUGCAUACCUCGUGGCUGACCGUAAAGAAAGGAGGAAAUGGUCACCAACUGAAGACAAGGUGCUCAUCAGUGCUUGGUUGAAUACCUCAAAAGAUCCUCUCGUGGGAAAUGAGCAGAAAGCAAUUGCGUUUUGGAAACGAAUUGCUACUUAUUUUGGUUCAAGUCCACAGCUUGCUGGUUUGCAAAAGAGAGAGCCAUCUUGCUGUAAAUCGAGGUGGGGGAAGAUUAAUGAGGGCGUGUGCAAGUUUGUUGGCUCCAAUGAUGCGGCAACGAAGCAAAAAUCCAGUGGCCAGAGUGAGGAUGAUGUUUUGAAGAUGGCUCAUGCAAUAUUCUUCAAUGAUUACAAGAGCAAGUUCACACUUGAGCAUGCUUGGUUGGAGCUUAGGUAUGAUCAAAAAUGGUGUGGAGCUCUAACCAGUAAAGAUAAUGUGAACUCUAAGAGAAGAAAGCUUGAUGGCCAUUCAGCACAAUCAUCAACGUCAGUGCCGUGUAGCCUUGGAGGAGAUGAACCAAUGGCUCGGCCUGUUGGUGUCAAAGCUGCAAAGGGCAAAGGUAAACAGGCUGUGAGCAAGGCUAAGACUUCUGAAGAAGAAGGGAAGGCGUGUGUGGACUUUCAAAACAUGUGGGAGAUAAGGCAAAAGGACUUUGCCUUGAAAGAUAAGCAUGACAAGCACAAGUUGUUGGAGGGCCUAAUUGCCAAGACAGAGCCAUUAACUGAACUAGAGAUUGCUUUGAAAGAUAAGCUUAUUACCGAGAUGUUAGCAAGUUAGUUUGAGUUUAUGUAUCUUAACCUUGGUCCUUAUCACGAGUCUGUAUGAAAUGCAAUUUAGUUUGGUUCUCCUUAUCACGGGUCUGUAUGCAUUUGUUUAUGUUCUGGUCAAGUUUGUAUGAAAUGCAAGUUAUGUUUCUCGAGUCUGUAUAAUAUGCAAGUUUUAAUGUAUAAUAUUGGUUUAUGAAAUGCAAGUUAUGUUUAUCUUCAUUGCUCAAGUUUCAAGUUUCAAGUUAGUUUGGUACUCCUUAUCACGAGUCUGUUGUUUUUUCUUGUUACUGAUUGUGUAGUAGCAUGUAACUGAUGCUCAAUACGUUUGUAAAUGAUGGUUAGGAUUGUAACUGAUUGUGAUAAGAGAUGGCUCGUGUUGUAACUGAUUGUGACAAGAGAUGGCUCGUCUUUUGGUUUUGCAGGACAAGAGGACAAGAAAGAAGUCAGUAGCAUGUGAAGCCAAGAAAGGGGUGGCAUGUGACACCCAAGUGCAGCCAAGAAGAAGCCAGUGGCAUGUGACAAACAAGAAGAAGUCAGUAGCAUGUGACACCAAAAGACAAAAAGAAGAAGUCGUAGCAUGUGAUACAAAAGUGCCAUAUGUUUCCUUUUUUCCUAUAUAAUGACCUGAUGUUAUCAAAAACAUAUUGUGCCAUACGUUUUCUCUAAGUAAAGAUUUGAGUUACUUUGCCUCUCUUACCAUUUCUCUCUUACCAUUUCUCUCUUGCCAUUUCUCUCUUUCCAUUUCUCUCUUGCCAUUUCUUUUUAAAAUGGCUCCUUCUUCCUCGGAUAAUUUUGAAGACAUGAUGGAUGAAACAUUUGAUCAACUUUUUGAGCAACAAUUCGAACAAUUUUGCAGUCACCAUGAUGAUCGUCAACAAGCAUCAAGGUCCAAAAAAAAGAGAGCCUACAUUGAAAGACAACGAGAGCAAGGACACAUGCAGUUAUGGAACGAUUAUUUUAGUGAAGAGGCAACCUAUCCUUCUCACAUGUUUCGACGUCGGUUUAGAAUGAACAAGUCUUUGUUCAUGCGUAUUGUUGAUCGACUCUCCGCUGAAAUCUCAUACUUUCAACAAAGAAGAGAUGCUACUGGAAGGUUCGGUCACUCUCCAUUACAAAAGGCAACGGCAGCAAUUCGUAUGAUGGCAUAUGGUUGCGCAGCUGAUGCCGUAGACGAAUACCUCCGACUUGGUGAGAGCACCGCGCUUUUAUGCUUGGAACAUUUUGUUCAAGGAAUCUUAAAUUUAUUUGGAGAUGAGUAUCUGAGAAGACCCACACCAGAAGAUCUUCAACGACUACUCGAUAUUGGAGAGUUACGCGGAUUUCCCGGGAUGAUAGGAAGCAUUGAUUGUAUGCAUUGGGAGUGGAAGAAUUGUCCGACCGCAUGGAAAGGUCAAUAUACACGUGGAUCAGGAAAGCCAACAAUUGUUUUAGAGGUUGUAGCUUCACAAGAUCUCUGGAUAUGGCACGCAUUUUUCGGACCUCCAGGUACAUUAAACGAUAUUAAUGUUCUUGAUCGAUCACCAGUUUUUGAUGAUAUAUUACAAGGUCGAGCUCUAAAAGUUAAUUAUAUUGUCAAUGGACACCAGUACCACUUAGCUUACUAUCUCACAGAUGGUAUUUAUCCAAAAUGGGCUACUUUUGUCCAGUCUAUUUCACUUCCACAAGAUCCGAAAGCAUCUUUAUUCGCAAAACAACAAGAAGUUGUACGUAAAGAUGUCGAGCGGGCUUUUGGGGUAUUGCAAGCUCGAUUCGCCAUAGUCAAAAAUCCAGCUCUUUUGUGGGAUAAAAUCAAGAUUGGAAAGAUAAUGAGAGCAUGUAUCAUUAUGCAUAAUAUGAUAGUAGAAGACGAACGAGAUGGAUACAGUCAGUUUGAUGUAUCAACUUUCACACAACCAGAAUCAAACCGAAGUUCACAAGUGGAUUUGGACUUCUUAUCGAAUCAGCCUUCAAAUCUCGGGAAUAUGAUGAGUAUUCGGACCCGAAUCCGUGAUCCCCAAAUACAUCACCAAUUGAAAGCUGAUUUGGUUGAGAAUAUUUGGGAAAAAUUUGGAAUAAAUUAAGAUUAGUAUUUGUAAUUUCAAUUUGUUGUAUUGUCUUCUUUUAAAAUAAAUUUAUGUUUUUUCAUAUUAUGAAAUUCAA